AUGAGCGCUGUAGAUGUCAAUGAGUUACGCCAAGUGACGCUCGGUAAGAAACUUGGUGCUGGCAGCUUUGGUUCUGUCUACGCUGGUAUCCUUCCUAGUGGACGGUUUGUGGCUGUAAAAGAGCUGGAGCUUGCUGAAGAUGCCCCUACAAAUACGGAAGUUGAAAUUCAUAAGAAAUUGGUACAUGAAAACAUUAUUCGGUAUCUUCACAGUCAUGUUGACACUGAAAGUACCCCAAAGCGAUUAUUUGUUUAUCUCGAGUUUGUUACAGGUGGAUCGGUAACCUCACUUAUGAAAAGUCUCCCAAAUGGACAUUUACCAAGUUCUGUUGUACGUGUCUACGCGCGCCAUAUGUUUUCUGGAUUGGAAUAUCUACAUAAGAAUCAAGUUGCCCAUCGCGAUAUCAAGGGUGAUAACCUUCUCAUUUCCAUGGAUACGGGUAUAGCAAAACUGGCCGAUUUUGAUCAGGCAAAAAUCAUGACUACACAUGGAACUCUUCGUAAAGCAGCGACGGCAACUUUGGCUGGAACGCCUUACUGGAUGGCGCCGGAAGUCAUUACAGACGAAAGUGGAUACGAUCCUUUUAAAGCCGAUAUAUGGUCUGCAGGUUGCACAGUGGCUGAGAUGAUAACAGGACGACCACCAUGGACACCAAUGAGCAAUGUAAUGAACAUAAUGAAUAAACUUGCCAUGUCUUCAGGAUGGCCAGAUGCUGUUCCAAAGGAUCCCAAGGUUUUAGGUUCUCAGGAGGCGUACGACUUUCUUGAUUUGUGUUUUCGCCGUAAUGUUGCUGAGAGACCAGAUGCCACAACACUUUUAAAUCAUCCUUUCUUACAAUUACCAUAA